UGGGGCCCAAGGUAGCAGCUCUAGCGCCGGGUUAAUCAUUGGUGGCUGCCGGGCUCCUUCCCCGUGCCCGGGGCGCCCCCCUCACUUCUGGUGGAGCCACGAUGGGGCCCCGGGGAGCAGCCCUGCUCGUGCUCCUGGCGCCGGCCACGCUGUGGCUGCUGCCCUGGCCGUGGCUCUGGCCGUGGCUGCUCCCGGCGCUGGGGCUCCCGUGGCUGCUCCGGCGGCUCCCCGAGGCGCUGGCCCGGAGGUUCCCCGGCUGGCUGCGCUGGCUGCCCGAGGACUUGGCCUUCGUGGGCCAUAUCCUGUACGUCAACCUGGUCUGCAAGGGCUCCUUCCCGUCCUUCGUGGACAUGCUCGAGGCGCGGGCCCGGGCCCGGCCGGACCGCCUGCUGGUGGUGGACGCGGCCUCCGGCCGCCAGGUGAGCCUGGGGGAGAUGGACCGCCGGAGCUGCCAGGUGGCCCGGGCUAUGGGCGCAGCCCUGCACGGGGCCGUGGGGCUGAAGGAAGGAGACGUGGCCGCCCUGUUCUUCCUCGGGCCCCGGGGCAUCUCCGCCCUCACUCUCUGCUUCGGCCUCGGUAAGCUGGGCUGCCAGGUGGCCUGGAUCAGCCCCCACAUCCGAGGGCCCCCCCUCCUCCAUGCUGUGUGCAGCGCCGGGUCCUGCGUCCUAGUGGCUGACCCAGAGCUACAGGAGGCCGUGGAGACCAUUCUUCCCGAGCUGACAGCCAAGGGCGUCAGGUGCUUCUACUUGAGCUCCACCUCCCCCACGAAGGGUGUGGAGCCCCUGCAGGACCUCAUAGAGGCAGCCUCCUCCGAUCCAGUGCCCCGCCAGAUCCGAGCUGGAGUCACCAGUAAGAGCGCGGCUCUCUACAUCUACACGUCUGGAACCACUGGGUUCCCCAAGCCAGUGAUCUAUAACCACAAUCGGAUCUUCCUCACAUCGUUGACGCUGAGAACUUGUAGAGUCUUCCAGAAUGACGUCGUCUACACAGCCCUGCCCCUUUACCACGCUGCUGCCUUGAUGGUCUGCAUCAUGGGCAGCCUAGAGCUAGGGUGCACCUGUAUCCUGGCCCCAAAGUUCUCGGCUUCAAGGCUCUGGGAUGACUGUCGGAAGUAUCAGGUGACAGUCAUUCAGUACAUUGGAGAGGUCCUUCGCUACCUGUGCAACACCCCUGAGAGAUCCUGUGACCGAGACCAUCAGGUACGAUUGGCCAUAGGCAAUGGUCUGCGGCAAGAGGUCUGGAAAGAGUUCCUGCAGCGCUUCGGCCCCAUUCGAAUCUAUGAGGUGUAUGGUUCCACAGAGGGGAAUAUCGGUUUCAUUAACUACAUUGGACGCAUAGGGGCUAUAGGCAAGACCAGCCCCCUGCUUAAGCUGCUCACUCCCUUCGAGCUCAUCCAGUUUGAUAUGGAGACCGAGAAGCCCAUUCGGGACAAGAAGGGUCGAUGCAUCCCAGUGGGGCCCGGGGAAACAGGGUUGCUGGUAGGGCGGAUCACCAGCUUGUCCCCCUUCCUGGGCUACCGUGGCUCAGCCGAGCAAACGGAGAAGAAGCUGCUCCGGGAUGUCCUGCGACCAGGGGACGUCUACUUCAAUUCUGGGGACUUGCUGUCCAUCGACGUGGAUGGCUUCCUCUACUUCCAAGACCGCAUCGGUGACACUUUCCGUUGGAAGGGAGAGAACGUGGCCACACGGGAGGUGGAGGGUGUGCUGUCCUCGGUGGACUUCCUGGAGGAGGUGAAUGUCUACGGUGUUCCUGUACCUGGUUGUGAGGGGAAGAUCGGGAUGGCGGCUGUGCGGCUGAAACCUGGGAAAGCAUUUGAUGGCCAGAAACUAUACGGCUUCAUCCAGAAGGCGCUCCCAGCCUAUGCUGCCCCUCACUUCAUUCGGAUCCGAGACUCCCUUGAGAUCACUGGCUCAUUUAAGCUCACUAAGUCUCGACUGGUUGCCGAGGGUUUCGACUUAAGUGCCAUCCCCGAGCCCCUGUAUAUGUUGGACAGAAAAUCCGGGACCUUCCAGCCACUGACCCCAGAUAUGCACCGUGCCAUCUUGGAUGGAAGCAUCCGACUAUGACGCCUUUGCUCUACACCCCAAGGCGUUCACAGUGGCCCCUGACUCAAAGCUCUUAAGCCCUCUCCCACCAGGGGACACAUGCUCCCUACCUAACUCAAGCCUCGCAUUGUCUCUGUAUGGCUGACGGAAGGGAGGGAGGCGAAGAAGGAACGCUUAACCAUUUUAUAGGCAGUCAGAUGGAGAAUAGCUUUUCCAGGAGCAGGCCAAUUGGGUGGGGAAGUGGAGGCAGGAUGUCUACUGAAAUCCCCUUUGGCUUCUUCCUUCUCAUUUUGGUGAGAGCAUCCCGGUAGCAGCUUCCUUAUGCUCCUCAAGCAUCCUCACAGGAACCUCUGUCUCAGGGACAGCCUGGGGACAACCCUGGGGAGAUUGGGAGGGGGGACUAUCUUUAAACUAAGAAGUCUAUGAUCUAAUAUUUCAACACAGAGAAAAAAAGGGAAAGGAGGGAGGGAACAAUGAGAAGGAUACAAGUGACGUGAGGGGGAUGAGAAUGAUGGGGAUGAGGAUGUUGAGAAUGGGAAUGCUCCAGAACAGAGCAGCAAGUCCAUCAGUGUGAGUCAUUCGCUGCCCACUGCCUUUUUAAUUCCCCCCAUCAUCUCACUGCUAUGUCUGAGCCCACUAGCAUUCCAGAUGAAGUGUGACUCUGCCCCUUAGUGGGGCUUGGGGGCUCUGUCAGCUGCUGUUCUCCCUAUUGCCUCAGGUAGCACCUCUUCGUCUCCCGACCCGAACAAGAACCCCUCUUCAGGAUAUACCUUCUCUAAGUCUCCCCAUCUACAAAAUGAGUCAGUUGGACCAGAUGACUUCCAAGGUCCUUCCAGCUGGAAACCUUGUGCUUCUAGGACUCCCAAACCAGGCGAGGCACCAGAGCCUCUCCUUGGCCCUCACUGUUCAGACCCAGCUUAAUGAGGGAAGGGGUGACCACCCUUCACAUCCAAAGUCCUGUCUUGCCCAAACACUAGAUGCUCAGAGUGAGCAUCUAGCAUCUGGAAAGCCCACAAAGGGGAUGGAGGAGGCAAUUUCCUCUCUAGUCCCAGUUAGGCAAUCCAAGUCUUGUUUCUCUCUACUCCCAUGUCCCUGACUUUGCCAGAACUCACUGGGUAUUGAGUGAUAGACCUGAAAAUAAUAGGAUAAAAGACAAAUCUCCACUUCUCUACACUUAAGGGCAGGAUUUGGGGUUUUAGGGAUGUUUACAUCCCCAACAUUGCAGAGGAAACUAGUAUAAUAUCUAAGAUUUUAAAAGCCUGCUUUUCUCUGUAUUGUUCUUAUCUUUGUGCUCAUAUUUCUCCCUGUUUCUAACAGUUUUCUUUGUCUUUGCAAUUACAGUUAAUCUGAAUUUUUCCUAAAUUAAGCUUCUCUCCUUUGACGAGAGAUUCGUUGUCCAAGACUGUCCUGAUUAGACCUACUUAAUUAAGAUCUCUGCCCCUUGUGGUUAUGUACAGCCUCUCCAAUGUAUGGUAGGCUUCCUCCAAAAAACCUCUCUCCAUACACUUCAGUCACCAUCAGUUUCUCUCUAGACAAGGACCUCCUGUGUCCCCAACUUCCCAAGUCCUAAGAUCUUCCUCUCAGGACCCUAAGUAUAUAGAAGAGUGUGACCCUUCUUGCUUCUCAUUAGGAGAUACUUCCUCACCAGUCUCUCUUGACUGCUUGAGGAAAUAUGAGGACCUUUGUCACCUUUUAUUCCCCCCUUUCUUCCAAAUGAAUAGAUCAUGAAUAAGAAAACUUGUAAAUUAAUCGAAGAAAACGAGACAGAAUUGUAUCCAACAAAUAAUUUGUUCCAUUCCUGGAAAACAAGUUCUUCAUUCAUAAACUUAUGCAACCAAAGCAGUUUAUUUUGAAUAAGGAAAGAUACAAGCAGUCUUUUGCAUAUUUUAUAACAUAUUGCAUAUUAAAAUAUUUUGCCCCUGAUAGAUAUACAUCUCUGCCAUCAAAAUAUCAUAUUUUUUUUCUCCUUUCAGAUUAAUUCUGGAUAUAGAUCUAAUUCCCAAUGAGAUUAAGUAUUUUAAAUUGAUUUUCAAUCAUUCUGCUUAAAUUCAUUUAGAGCUAACCCUAAUUUAACUGUGGAUUUGAGAUAUUUAAUGUAAUUUCAGCUAAUCUAUUAGUUCAUCAUUUUAUCUUUGAAUGAGGAUGUUGGAAUCCUUACAAAGUGUUAAGUCAUUACAAUUGAUAGAGACAAUAACUAUCUAAUUUAGCAUGGUUCAGU